AUGGAGACCAUCACAAUCCCACACCGUCCCUGCUCACCCUUAUACCUAGCCAUUGAGACAUCCUAUCCGGAUCCUGAGCCAACGCCAAACUCCACCACCGUUUCAAUCAAGGCUUUUGGGAUCAAUCACGCCGAAUAUUUCCUGUUGGGCAAAGGUGGCGGGCAUCAUGGGUGGCUUGGGGAGACCAUUCAGGGGGGCUGCGCAGAGAAGGUGAAUGUGCCGGAUGGGAAUGUGGUUUUAUUGGAGGAGGCGGGAAACGGGAUCAAUGAGGAGGGCGUGGGAGGGUUGAGCUGGGCGGAGGUGGCGGCGAUCCCGAAGAAUCAUGCUACGGCGUGGAGUGUGGUUAGCCAAAAUCUCGAGGUCAAAGCUGGCGAUAGGGAUUUCGUCCGGGGAGUCAGCACCGCGGUCGGCACAGUGACUCUCAGCCUCGCUGCGAAGAGCAUUGAUCUUGGAGCAGAAGGAGCUAUAUUGGAAGGUCCAGGCCCGUCCGCUCGCCCCAAGGAGAAGGGCGUGGUGUUCGAUGGGGUCCUCGACCUCAUCGACAACAGCGUACUCCUGGACUCGCUCGAGAUCCCGCGCCGCGGCGGUCGUGUCUGCCAAGCUGGGCUUCUGGGCGGACUGGGCCGGAUCGAAGUCAACCCAUUCUCGGAUAUGCCAAGCGGUGUGCACCUGUCCUUUUUCGGGAGUUUUGUCUAUGGGAUGCAGUGGUUUCCGUUGAGUGACGUGCCACUGGCGGGCAUUGUGAGGGAUGUUGCGAAGGGGAAGUGGGAUGCGAAGCCGAGUGAGGUGUUCAGUUUUGAGGAGAUUGGGGAGGCUCAUAGGCAUAUGGAGGAGGGGAGUGCUGGUGGGAAGAUGGUUGUUGUGGUGUGA